GAUUGGUCUCCUCGUGUUUCAGGGACAUUGGCUUCAGUCUGUGGAUGUUGGAGUGAUUUUAUUUUGUGGAGUCGCCGCGGCUUCAGCUCAAGAUCUGUGUCCCUGAGGAACUCGGCCCUCGGUGAAGUGUCAGUGAUGAGCUCAAGACUCUGAUUGGCUGUGAUCUGUGUCCACUGUGAUGAGUGACAGCGGGUCUGUUCUGAGCUAACGCACUCACAGCGGCGCUAACGGGACGAGGAGCUCCUCCCACGGUCAUGGCGCUGACGGGCAAAAGCGGGGCCCCCGGGCUGCUCAGGGCCGUCCUCCUUCUGCUCGGGGUCACGGGCCUCUGCAGCGUCACGUCUGCGGCCAGGAGAGCAGCCACGCUGGAACACAGAGCACACACACACAGACACACACACACAGGUCACAGACACCAUCACCGGUCGGGGAAGGUGGGUCAGGUGCUGCACCGCUCCAAACGGGGCUGGGUGUGGAACCAGUUCUUUGUGAUCGAGGAGUACACGGGCCCAGACCCCGUCUUAGUGGGCAGGCUCCACUCAGACGUGGACUUGGGCGACGGGAACAUCAAAUACAUCCUGUCGGGAGAAGGCGCCGGCACCAUCUUCGUCAUCGAUGAUAAAACAGGAAACAUCCACGCCACCAAGACGCUGGACCGCGAGGAGCAGGCGCAGUACACGCUGACCGCUCAGGCCGUCGCCCGAGACACCAACAAACCCCUGGAGCCGCCGUCCGAGUUCAUCGUCAAAGUCCAAGACAUCAACGACAACCCGCCCGAGUUCCUCCACGGGCCGUACUACGCCAGCGUCCCCGAGAUGUCCAACGUGGGGACGUCGGUGAUGCAGGUGACGGCCACAGACGCAGACGACCCGACGUACGGGAACAGCGCCCGCCUCGUCUACAGCAUCCUGCAGGGACAGCCCUACUUCUCUGUGGAGCCUCAGACCGGCAUCAUCCGGACGGCGCUGCCCAACAUGGACCGGGAGGCGCGGCAGGAGUACGACGUGGUGAUCCAGGCCAAGGACAUGGGGGGCCACAUGGGGGGCCUCUCCGGGACCACCGAGGUCAAGAUCACACUCACGGACGUCAACGACAACCCGCCCAAGUUCCCCCAGAGUGUGUACCCCAUGUCCGUCUCCGAGGGCAGCGUCUCGGGGGAGGAGGUGGGUCGGAUCAAAGCCAAAGACCCCGACCUGGGAGACAACGGCCUGGUGACCUACAGUCUGCUGGACGGGGACGGCGUGGGCGUGUUCGAGCUGUCCACGGACUCCGAGACCAGAGAGGCGGUCAUCAAACUCAAGAAGCGUGUGGACUAUGAGACCAAGAGGAUGUACACGCUCAAAGUGGAGGGAUCCAACCCACAUCUGGACCCUCGCUUCAUGUCCUGGGGCCCCUACAGGGACGAAGCCACGAUAAAGAUCUCGGUGGAGGACGAGGACGAGCCGCCCGUGUUUGUCGCCCCCAGUUACACGUUCGAGGUGGAGGAGAACGCUCCAGAGGGCACCGUGGUGGGACGGGUCCACGCCAAGGACACGGACGUGGCCAACAACCCGGUCAGGUACCUCAUCCCUCGCUACACCGACGUGGAGCAGUUCUUCAGUGUAAACCCAGAGGACGGUUUGGUCACCACCACCCGACCCCUCGACCGAGAGACGCAGCCCUGGCACAACAUCUCUGUGUCUGCCACCGAGAUAGGAGGACACCAUCAGGACACAAAGGUUCGUGUGAACAUCAAAGUCAAAGACGUGAACGAUAAUCCGCCCGAGUUUGCGACGAACAACGAGGUUCUGAUGUGCGACACUGUGGCUCCAGGGAAGGUGAUCGAGACGGUCAGCGCCGUGGACAAAGACGAGAUGGUCCACAGGCAGCACUUCAGCUUCACCCUGGCCCCAGAAGUCGCCCACAACAACAACUUCUCCCUCAAAGACAACAGAGACAGUACGGCGAGUAUCUACGUCCUGAGGAAAGGCUUCAGUCGUCUCACUCAGGACGUGUACUUCCUCCCCGUCGAGAUCAACGAUAACGGCGUCCCGCCCCUGAGCUCCACCAACACGCUGACGGUGCGCGUGUGCUCCUGCGACAGCCGCGACACCAUCCUGUCCUGCAACGUGGAGCCGUACGUCCUGCCCGCCGGCCUCAGCACGGGGGCGCUCAUCGCCAUCCUCGCCUGCAUCGUCAUCCUCCUCGCGAUCGUGGUUCUGUUUGUGGCUCUGCGGCGUCAGAAGAAGGAGCCUCUGAUCGUGUUUGAGGAGGAGGACAUCAGGGAGAACAUCAUCACGUACGACGACGAGGGCGGAGGAGAAGAAGACACCGAGGCGUUCGACAUCGCCACGCUGCAGAAUCCAGACGGAGCCAAUGGUUUUCUGCCCCGAAAGGACAUGAAGCCGGAGCUGCAGUGUCCGCUGAGGCCCGGUAUGGGGCAUCCUGCGCCCAACAGCGUGGACGUGGACGAUUUCAUCAAGACGAGGAUCGCUGAGGCAGACUGUGACCCCACGGCGCCCCCUUAUGACUCUAUUCAGAUCUACGGUUACGAGGGCAGGGGCUCCCUGGCCGGGUCCCUCAGCUCUCUGGAGUCCGUCACCACAGAGUCUGACUUGGAUUAUGACUAUCUCCAGAGCUGGGGGCCCCGCUUCAGGAAACUGGCCGAUUUGUACGGGACCAAAGACUGUUCUCUCCAGGACGCCGACGAGGCGGACGACUCUUAACAGGAGACUCACGGCCUGCACUUCAGCGAGUCCAUCAGGAUCUGAGCUACUUCAACAACAACUAGAGAACGAACGGUUUAGGCAAAUGUGUUUCAUAUUUAUGAUGGUGCAUUCAUAAACAGAAUCUUCACUUUUCCUCUUCCUCUUCUGGGACCAGGGCUGAAACUGCAGCUCAGGCUCCGAUUAAAAUGACUAAGAAAAGAUUAGGACGACCCUCCUCGAAGAAGACAUUCCCGUGUGCAGUAGACCAGAGUGAACAUAGAGACUGAGAACAGAAGCACAGGCUGAAGCUGAGGCUGAAGCUGAGGCUGAGGCUGAAGCUGAGUCUGAAUGGUGAGGCUCUGGGGUGUUGAUACUCUGAAGACGUCGUCUUCACAGUGCGGUGGCCUUAUAAUAAAUCUACAACAACCCCAGAGUCUGAGCGGUGGAGAGCACACACCUCCAGGACCCCGGGAAGGUCCUCCACCUUUUUUAUAACGUGGACACUCGAGUCUGGACAUUCACUGUGUCCUCUGCCCUGUCACUCACCAACAUGGCUCCGCCCACAAACGUCUUCACACCUGUUUCACCAAUGAUCAAUCAGUGAAAACGCCUUAAACCUUACGGACACAUGUUCAUUGUUUUUGUAAUUUGACGCUCCAUGUCUCAGAUGUUUGAAGGACACAGACACAGCAGUGCUUCAGGCGUGACUCCUCACAGACUCCUCACACACGUCACAAACUGCACUCUCAGCACGGAACCUCCUGUUGUGCCCCUGAGCAACACACUUCACCCACCAGCCAAAGGGCGUCACUGAAACAGGAAGGGCAUCCGAUGUAAAAGUGUGAGAGGGAAGUUUUUACCUCCAUUACCCCCGAUAUUUACCCAAAGAAAAAACAAAAAG